CUCAAGGAAUUGAAUUGAUUCAUUAGGCCAAAUCUCAUCUGGAGGAUAUCGUCUAGUCCAGUGGGAAUUCCCGGGUCAAGUAAAUCAGUACGUAGAUUCGUCCUAAACUUUGACCGUGACUCUGAUCAAGAGAAUAAAGAUACCGUGCUGUCGGAGUCAAAACGUUACAAUAACCCCUUCCGAUCAUUUCAAUUUCCUCCCCCGCUACAGUCUUGGUCGGAGUCUAUCGAUGCCUCCAAGAUAUUUAAAUGUCAAUUAUGUUUUGCGUCCCUCGUUGUUGGUACCCGACCAUGACAACUGUCGAUUACUUUCCGAUCCAGGAUCUUCCGACCGAGCUAGAGAGAGAGAUUUUCGAGACUGCGGCCCGCAUGCGACCCAGUAGUGCCCUCGAUCUCGUCCUCGUAGCUCGCAAGGUCCGAACGUGGAUACAGCCAUUGAUCUACGAGAUGGUCACGCUGGGGACCGACGACACUUCCCUGUUCCUACGAACGAUGGAUGAGUUACCAGCGGCAUUCUUUCAACAAAAUGUUAAAAGAUUAUGCCUCACUGUAUCUGUAGAGCCCGAAGCUGCAGCGCGAAUUUUAGCAACUUGUUCGGGCCUUCAAAGCCUAGCCUGCUGGGUCGACUUUAGGGCAGUUCACCCCCGGCUACAAUUCUCCCCGCUGAUCGCCUCUCAACGUCUCCGACGGCUCUCCAUAGAGAUCAGGCAUUUUCGACAGCUUUGUAGAGACCCACUCUGCCACGGCGCUUUGUUCCGCUCCCUAACCCGCCUAGACCUCAUCUACUGGGAACCCGGUGAACUAGCCAUCGGGGAAUUGGCAUUCUUACCAAUUUUGACGCACCUUUGCAUUAUCAUCCGCGAUCUCCCCGUCACAGAAGCAUACCUUCUUUCUGUCAUCUCUAUGUGCCCAUCGCUCAAUGUCAUGGCGGUUCUUAUCGACGAGGGUGCCGAUCCGGUACCCACACGGGACUGGAGAAUUGUUUGGUUGCCAUAUCCUGUUAUGGUGUUGGACUGGGAAGCACCGUUCCGGGGGCAGGAGGACACAUGGUCCAGGGCGGAAGAUAUCGUAAAAAGCAGAGAACAGGAGCUGGCAAGUUUGCCCAGUCUAGACUUGGCACGGAAAUGGACCUAAACACAUCUGCUCAUCACAUGGUGACGCCACACGAUUGCGAAUCCAGAGUUAGAAUUUACCUGGUCGCUCAAGCGCUCAUCGCCUCACGUUGUACGUCUAAUCUGUGGCGUGGCACAUUCGUUCCCACUGACCCACAAGAGCACGAAGUCGAUAGUAUUUCUAGACCGACGGGUAUCAGUUACCUCGCUAAUAGAAAGCACUUCUUGUAAGGGAAGUAAAUACCCAUUGCCCUUCUUCCAUUGCCUAUUAGUCGAUUCGCGUGGGACGAGUAAUUGAUACAGGCACAGUUCUAACAUUACUACCCACAAUAAUGGAUCGUUUACUUGUCCCGACUUCUAACUUCU